UUGGUCCUGUGCGAGAGACGGCCGGGCAGCCUGACGCUGCGACGCGCCCCAUACAUCGCGCGAUGGGCGCCUGCCUCGGCGCAGGACAAAUCGACGCGCACGCGACGGACGAACCACCACAAGAGCAAGAAAGCUACCUCUCGUCGCUCGCCUGCAGCCUCGCGCCGAGCCUCGUCGAGAAGCACUUCGUGCAGACGGCCGUGCAGGCCCUCGCGCGGCCGCCGCGCCGCGCCUACGGGCGAGACGCGCUGGGGCCGAGCCGCACGGGCCGCGAGGGGCUCAUCGUCACGCGCGAGGACGUCGUGCUGACGAACCGCCGCGGCCUCCGGCUGCACGCGUCGUUCUGGUCGACGGCGAAGACGUGGGCCAAGACCGGCGCGACGUGCUGAUGCGGCGUCCUCUUUGCGCCGUCGCGGCGAUGGCGUCAACGCGGCGCCUACGUUUUCAUGACGGAUUCGUCCCACGCAGGUACCUGGAACCGCGCCCAGCAAUAGUCUACGUGCACGGCGCCGGGUCGAGCCGGGCCGAGGCCGCCGACGCACCUUUAUCAGUUGCGUGCGCCAUCGGCGCGUCCCUCCUGGCCGUGGACACGACGGCCCAGGGGCGGAGCGACGGCGACGUCGGGUCCUUAGGCGGCGAUUAUGAAAUAGCGGACGUCGCGGCGUGCGUCGACUGGCUGCGCAAGGAGGCGAAGAUCGACCACAUUUUGUUGUGGGGGCGGUCGGCCGGCGCCGUGGCCUGUUUAGGAUACGCGCGCGAGGCCGAAAUGAACGACGCGCCGGUCCGCGGCGUUAUUGCGGAUUCGGCCUUUUCGAAUUUAAGUGACGCCUGCGAGGGGCUGUUUGAGAGGAGAGCGCCGGCGCUGCCGCGGGCCUUCCGGCGCCGCGUCCUCGACGCGGCGUUCGUCGAAGUUAAGAGGGUGGCGGGCUGGGACCCGCGGGAGCGGCGCGUCGACGAGGUAUGCAAAAAACUUGCAAUGACACCGGUGCUCUUCGCCGGAGCUCAUGAAGACGACCUCGUACCCGUCAAACACGCCGAGACUUUACACGAGGCGACGCGCCGCGGCGAGCUCGUCCUCUUCCCCGGCACGCACAACUCGCCGCGGCCCGUCCAGGUGCUGAACAGCUUCCGUUCUUUCGCUAGAAGGCGGCUCAUGGACGGCUCGGCGUUCGCGAGGCGGGCCUUCGGCGACGUCUCGAAUUCGAGUUUAAGAAUUGCUACUUAUUCGCCCGCGACGCCUUGA